AUGCCUCCAGCCCGCCCACCCAAGCGGCCCAGCGACGCGGGCGAUGUCCCAACCGACGCCGCCUCGGCGCCCAGGACGAAACUGGCGCGUCUCGAGCGCGGACCCGAGGAUUUCUCGAACGUGGUCAAGAGCAAGCUCCAGUCGUACACGCGCACAGGCCAGGCAUGCGAUCGGUGCAAGGUGCGCAAAAUCCGAUGCGAUGCCUCGCCAGAGGGCUGUUCCCACUGUGCAACCCAAAACCUCGACUGCUACGUCACGGAUCGUGUUACCGGACGCACCGAGCGGAGAGGGUAUCUGCAGCAACUCGAGCGCGAGAAGGGGGCGAUGCUGGUCCAUAUCCGCGAGCUCGAGAAGCUGCUGGAGAGCAAAGGGGUAGAUGUGAGGCCCUGGGAGUGGCCGGGAUACAACACCUCGUACCCGAACGGCGUCACGUACGAUGCGCUGGGCAAUCUGACCCAGGACCCGUCCUCGAAGGACCAAUGGCAGCAGGUGGGCUUGGUAUGGGUCAAAAACCACAGGCAGCAGCCGCCACCACCAAGCACCAGCACCAGCACCUACACGCCAUGGUCCAUGCUCUCGUCGCGUCCCAAGGACAGCUACCUCGGCGUGUCAUCAGACAGUGCGCCACUCAGCAACAUCAAGGGGACGACGCUCUCGAUUCUAGGCACCACGAUCGACCUGACGUCCUUCGACGCCCCGGACAUGGACGAGCCGCCGGCGGGAACGCCUAUCGGCUCGCCGCUGUACAACAAGUCAGUCAUGGCGUUCUUGCAGUCUGCCUACAAAGUCAACCCGCCGCUGGACAAUGUCGAGUUGCCCUCCAAACAGGAUGCCUUCACAUACGCCGAGUGGUACUUUCUCACCGUCUUCCCCUUCCUCCCAGUCCUCCAUAAGCCUACAUUUCUCCACCUCGUGAGUAGCCCGCGCCCGUUCAUCAACCUUACACGCAUCUAUGAUGAUCCGACCUUCAAGCCGUCCGUUGCCGAGUUGGUCAUUGUCCAUAUGGUCUUCGCGACCAUCUACUUCCAGUACGGCGUCCGAAACCGAGAGGAACCCGAGAAACACGCCCAACUCAACGACCUCUCCAACAAACAUUACCAUUGGAGUUUGAGCAAGUUCUUCGAUCUCGCCUCCUCGCAGACCGUCACAGCCGUUCAGGCACUGGCCAUGAUGGUCUGCCAUACCCGCAACUUUCCCAAGCCGGGCUGUUCUCUCACCAUCGCCAGUUUUGCCUUUGUGAAAGCGAUCGAGAUGAACCUGCACAGGGCCGUCAAGAUUCCAGGGGGCGGCACGAACCUGGAAAACGAGAUGCGCAAGAGAGUGUGGUGGGCCAUCGUUGGGCUCUUGUGCACGCUGAACGGUCGCCUCGGCAGGCCCAUGCCCCUCUCGGUGGAGGAGUUCGACGUCGACUUUCCAGUCGCCGUCAACGACGAGUACAUUGGGGAAGAAGGCAUUCUGGAUCCGACGCAGAUCGGCCAUUGCAACUUCCAGGUCGGGCUCAUGGGAUACCGAGUCACCCCGCUGUAUAUGGAAAUGUACUCCAAGAUCUACAGCGUGCGGCGGGACCCGAGCAGGUACGUCGAGGUGGUCAACCAUCUCGAUCAGGAACUGAGCAACCUGCUGGACAACCUCCCCGACGAACUCAGAAUAGAGAACUGCCAGCAAACCAGCCAGAUAUUUGCGCUUUAUACCCAGGCCUUCUGUCUCGAGUUCCGCUUGUGUCUUCGACACCCGUCCGUCUGUAUGUCGGACGACCCGAAGGUCUGUGCGGAAAACACGAGGAUAUGUGAAGACACGGCACGGAAGCUGCUCAAGGUGGUUGGAAUGCUGCUAAAGAUGAAAUCCCUUGACACGACAUGGUAUCAGCUGGCGGUGUACGUUGCUGCGAUUUUCUCGUCGCUUGUCGCGCACUGGCAGCGCCGCUACGACACAACCCCGUUUGAGGUUGCCGCUCUUCGGGAGGAUAUGGCGUUAUGGCUAGAAAUCAUCGGGGAAAUUGGGAAACUUCUUGGCACCGGUAAUCGACUUGCAGCUGAAAUCGGUGCCAUCAUUGAACGGACAAUCGACUGGAUCGAGCAUGAUAUGGGCCGUAAAUCCGGCUCGCCGGGCGGCCAAGCCCGCUUUACACAACAAUCUCCAGCAACGUUUCAACAGCCGUCGGUGAAACAGGAACGGGGCGCAAUGGGCUCUGAACAACAGAACAGCGGCGCCCCAAAAAGCAACCACUAUUACGACUCCAGCGCGCCAGGCCCGGCAGCGCCAUACUCGUCUCUGGGGUACAGCGCCCAGUCUAACGGAGGAGGGAGCAUGAACCAAAACGACAACGGGACGGCCGAGGGAGCGGAGGGAACCGAGGGAGCCCAAUACAUGUAUGCCGCCGCAUCUGCUGCGACAGCAGCAGCGGCAGCCCACAACAGCACGACGCCGGUGGAGCAAACGGCCUCGGCCGAGAAUCCCCUGAUCGCUUUCGCCUCACAAGCAACACAGCACGUUGCCGGACAGGCAGCGGAUACCUGGUCCGCGCAAAGCCAGCUGAUGGCGCACAAUCCAGCCGCGUCCGCCAAUACGUGGCACGACUGGACGAAUGCCAUCCAGGAUAGCCAGGACCGGUACGGUGCCAACACCCUGCUCACGCUCGGAUCUGGGCGACCCGGGGAUGUCGGUGCCGGCGCGGUGGUCGAUCAUGCCAACCAGGGCGACACCAUGGGCAACUCGCAUGCCGCACAGCAGUGGCCUCUCCUAUUAUUUUCGGCGCACGAUGGGUCAGGGGGAGUGAACGGCGGUUAA